GUUGCAGCGGAAUGAACCUUAGUAUUAUAGACUGACUGAAUGUAUCCAACUUCACCACAUCUAAAAUUACAAAAUACGCAAGAAUUAAAUGGGUGAAACCUGCCACAGGACAAAUAUUGACCAAACUUGUGCUCAUCUUUUUGAACUGCAUCGCAACUCCUCAAUGAACUUUCUGCAUAACCUUGCGUACGCACCGGAUUGGGAUGAUGUAGUAAUGUAGUGGAAUUUUUGAUGACCUGGUGAAUCAUCUUACGAAAUUUUCCUUCUUUACCGCACUUGAAAUUUGUAUACUUAACAUGGUCUAGCAGUAGUUUCUUGAGAGCUGCAUGAGAAAGCACGAACAAACGUAUUGUACUUAGAAUUUGAAAUCAAGCAGUCAAUAAGUACAAAGAAAUCAUUAGUUCAUAUAAACACCACAGUAAUAUUUCUAUACAGUUAUUUCAAAACAAGGAACACAAACGGUCCGUAAUUCUUUAUUUUUUAGAAGGAACCAAUCUACUGAAGCUUGAAAAAUCCUGAAAGUAAUAUAUUUAUGCAAUAUUCACGUAGUAGAAAAGCCUAAGGUAAGACACCAAGAUCUUAGAAGUAGAACGGAAACAUUCAAAACCAUUUUAGGGUGAAGAAAAUGUCUAUUCAAAGAUGUGAUUUCUAAAAUUGCUAUUAACUAGACAUACUUUGGUAAAUAUGUUAAUUUAUCAAGGUGUGUUGGAGUAAAGUUGCUUAUCAGUGAAUGGAAAUUUAAUUCUAUUUAACAAAACCUGCUUCAGCCACCCAACAGAAUUCUCUGAAACUAUAAAACACUGAAAUUGAUGCAAACAGUAUGCAUACAUUCAACAACUUCUACAAAGUUUAGUAGGUCGUAAACUAGUGUUGAAUAACCGGAAGUCUUGUAUUCAUUUAACUAACAACAUAGAACAUUGCGAGGAAGAACAUAUGAAUAAAGCAACUCGUUUAUGAGUGAUUUGUGUUCACUGAACACCUAUUAGUAUUCCAAAGAAAAAGUAAGAAUAAAAAUGUACGGGGUUACAGAUCUAUUUAAUCACUUAAUAACAUCAAACGAGCAUUUGCCUUAAAUGUUCAUUAAAAAGUGAUCUGUCCUCUGAAUUUUGUAUUUUAAUGUUAAAAUGUGAAUAAUAAAUCAAUUGAAGGAUUGUAUUAGCACGUAAAUGACUAAACGAAUAUGAUGAUGGUUACUACUUCGUAAUAAACAAACUGUUUUUUUUGUUAUAUACAAUACCAGCUUAUUCGACGGUAAAAUGUUUGUGUUGAUCAUGAAAUUUAAGAAGAAUUUAGUUGUAAGGCUGUGAACGCAUUUGAGGAAAUAUUUGCACAUGUGUUAUACUACUUUAUAUUAUUUAGUUUAGUUGAGUUACAAAGGCAAAAAGAGAAGUUACUUAAAGAACGUGAUGAACAAAUUACCGACAACCAGAAAUUAAGAGAACAAAUUGAAGAAACUAGGAAUCGUGUUGCAAUUUGUCAAAAUGAAUUGCUGGAAGCACAAAAUAAAAUCACAGAAUUAACUGUAGAUCUCCAGAAUAAAAAUCUCGAAGCACAAAGAGAAUUGCGUAAGAAAGAACGAAUGGAAAAAGAUUUGAAACAGGUACGUAGUGAAGUUGAAGCAAAAAUGGGAGAGAUCAGUUCUACGUCAGCAUCUGUUGAGAAAUUGAAACAAGAACUACGCACAAAAGAUGAAGAAAAUCGUGCAACAAAAGUUUCUUUGGAGCAAGCUAAUCGUCAUUUACAAAUAACUGAAGGCAAAUUAAAAGAUUGUCAAGCAAAACUUGAACAACAGAUUGAAGUUAAUGAAUCUAUCACGGCUCAAAUGCGCUCAAAAACAACUGAAGUGAAGCAACGUGAAGAUGAAGUACAACGUGCAAAAAUCGAUUAUCAUCGUUUAUUAAAACAAAAUGAAUUAAUUUCUAAAAAAUAUAAUCAAAUUGAAGAGGAAAAAUUAAAUUUACAACAUACAUGUGAACAAUUACAUAAUGAAAUACAUUCCUAUGAAACACAAAUUGAAUUAAUACAUAAAACAAAUGAAUUAAAUAAAAAAGCAUGUGAUGAAUUAAAUCAUGAAAAAGAAAUAAUAAAUAAAACUUUAUUAAAAACUACAACACAAACAAUAAAACAAACAAAUUUAAUUAAAAUACAUGAAUUAUCUAAACAAAAUUUAGAACAGGAAAUAAUGAAUUAUCGUGAUGAAGCAUUAAAACAACGUCAAAUAAUUUAUAAAUUAGAACGUGAACGUGAUCAUUAUAUUAUGGAUGCAUCAGAAUUAACUAAAAAAAUUUUAACAAAUAUGGAUGAAUUAAAAUUACGUGAAAUGCAAAUAUUUGAAAAUAAAAAAAAAAUUGCCGAAUAUGAAACAAAAUUAAAACAACAACAAAAUUUAUAUGAAGCUAUACGUAAUGAUCGUAAUUUAUAUAAUAAACAAUUAAUUCAUACACAAAAUGAAUUAAUUGAAUUAAAAAAACAAUUAAAAUUAUUAAUACAACAAAUGAAUCAAUUAAAAAAUGAUAUAACUCAACGUGAUAUGAAUUUAAUUAAAGAAAAAUUAGAAAAAAAUAAAAUUGAAAAAUCUAAUGAACAAUUAUUAAUGAAUAUUAAUCAAUUAAAAUUACAAAUUAAUGAAAAUAUAAAUUAUAUUGAAUUACAAAAAAAUGAAGAAAAUAAAUUAAUUCAAUUAAUUAAUGAUAUAAAUAAUGAACGUAAUAAAGAAAAAAUUAAUUAUAAUCAAUUAUUAAAUGAAAGAGAUUUAUUAGGUAGUCAAUUAAUACGUAGAAAUGAUGAAUUAUUAUUAUUAUAUGAAAAAUUAAAAAUACAACAAUCAAUAUUAAAUAAAGGUGAAUUACAAUAUAAUGAAAGAAUAAAUGAUAUAAAUAUAUUAAAAAAAGAAAUAAAAAAUUUACGUCAUGAAAAAUCAAUAUUAAAAAUUAAUAAUAAAAAAUUAACUGAUUUUAAAAUAGAAAUAAAUAGAAUAGAGAAAAAUUUAUUAAAAGAAAAAAUUAAAGCAAAAGCAUUAGAAGAUGAAUUACAAAAUCCUAUUAAUGUUCAUAGAUGGAGAAAAUUAGAAGGAAGUGAUCCAUCUACCUAUGAAAUGAUACAGAAAAUUCAGGCAUUACAAAAACGUCUUAUUAGCAAAACUGAAGAAGUGGUUGAAAAAGAAUUACUUAUUCAAGAAAAAGAAAAAAUUUACAUUGAAUUAAAGCAUAUAUUAGCACGUCAUCCAGGUCCAGAAGUUGCAGAACAAUUGAAUAUCUACCAAAAUAUGAUCAGAGAUAAAACAAAACAAAUGAAAGCAAUGACAGCUGAAAUGAAUGUUUAUGAAAGUCAAAUUACUGAAUAUAAAAUUGAAAUUGAACAUUUAAAUCGUGAAUUACAAAAUGUAAAAAAAACAUAUUUUAAACAAAAAAGACGUCAACAACAAAUGAAUACAUCAUCAAAUGAUGAUGAUAAUAAUAAUGAUAAUUGUACUAAUCAAGGAAAUAAAUUACGAAAAUAUCAACCACAUAUUAAAGAUUCACAAUCACGUUUUACUGGUGGUGGAUUUAAGUUAACACAUGUUGUUAGUUAAAUAAAGAAUGAAUAAAAUAAAAAAAAUUUUUAGGAAAACAAAAAGAAAAUGAAAUAUAAAACUGAAAAUCAAUAAAUUAUAAUUUAGCCCAGUAACAGAAGAGAGAGAGGGAGGGAGGGAGGAAAAAAAUGAAACAAAGCAACCAAACAAACAAUAAACAACAGUACUAAAGAAUAAUAUCAAAGAUUGUAAUAUCUUUUAUUUUGUAUAUUUAUCUGUAUAGAUUUAAAUAUUUGGUUGACAAGGAGUAUUAGAUUUGAAUGAGAAUUAGGACUAAUAAUAAAAAAUACAAAUAAAAUGUUUGUGUUUGUUGAAUAAAUAAAACAAAUUUGAGUUGAAUUUAUUUCAUUUUUUUGGUUAAGAUUGUCCAUCCAUUGGUGUCCAAUAGCCAAUUAUUUAUUUAAACUAUAAAUUAGAAUGUAUAGGGUAUUCAAUUCAUACUUUACUUUCAAAUUGAAUGUUAUUGAGCUUCUAAACAAUUUUUGAUACAUUCAUCUAUGUAUUCUACUAUAUUUCAACGUUAAGGUUUGUAAUACGGUCCAGUUGUGUUAAACCAAAUUAAAAACGGAACGAUAUUUAAAGUAAUAAAUCAAUGAUUUGAAGUGAAAUGCUUUUAGUUACUACACUAC